AUGGCCGAGAUGGUCCAAGCUCAAUCCCGCGGCGGCGUGGUGGGUGGAGCUCCGAGCAUCAACACGCCGAAGCCAGCCAAUUCCCUGCCGACAACCGCUGUCCCCUUCCACGUCGCUGCCAUGCUCUCUGGAAUUCUCAUCUUCAACCAGAAGGGUGAGAACCUCAUCUUUCGCGCCUUCCGCAACGACUGCCGCCCGCGACUUGCCGAUGUCUUCCGCAUUCAGGUCAUCUCCAACGCCCAAGUACGCUCGCCCAUCCUCACCCUUGGCUCCACCACCUUUAGCCAUGUCAAACACGAGAACAUAUACCUGGUCGCAGUGACCAAGAGCAACGCCAAUGCUGCGCUCGUAUUUGAGUUUCUGUACCGCUUGGUGGGAUUGGGAAAGGCUUACUUCGGUAAGUUCGACGAGGAGGCCGUAAAGAACAACUUCGUACUGGUCUAUGAGCUACUGGACGAGAUUCUGGAUUUUGGAUACCCACAGAACACAGAGACAGACACGUUGAAGAUGUACAUUACAACCGAAGGUGUCAAGUCGGAGAGGGCAAUGGAGGACUCCUCGAAGAUCACAAUGCAGGCAACUGGCGCCCUUUCCUGGCGGCGGGCCGAUAUCAAGUACCGCAAGAACGAAGCCUUCGUCGAUGUCAUCGAGGACGUCAACCUGCUCAUGUCCGCGACGGGAACAGUACUGCGAGCCGACGUGAACGGACAGAUCAUAAUGCGCGCAUACCUCUCGGGCACACCCGAGUGCAAGUUUGGUCUCAACGACCGACUAACGCUGGGCGAAGAUCAUCUACAACAACCGUCUGGAAACAAGGCAGGCGCGAAAGCUACAAGGGCGGCAGCGGGAAGUGUGACGUUGGAAGACUGUCAAUUCCACCAAUGCGUGAAGCUGGGCAAGUUCGAUGCGGACAGGAUAAUAUCCUUUGUUCCGCCCGACGGCGAGUUCGAGCUGAUGCGCUACCGAGCAACGGAGAACGUAAACUUGCCUUUUAAGGUGCACGCCAUUGUCAACGAGGUUGGCAAGACCAAGGUCGAAUACAGCAUUGCUAUUCGCGCCAACUAUGGCUCCAAGCUUUUCGCGACAAAUGUUGUCGUGCGGAUACCAACACCCCUCAACACGGCGCGCAUCACCGAGCGGACAUCACAAGGCAAAGCCAAGUACGAGCCGGAGCACAACAACAUCGUCUGGAAGAUACCGAGAUUCACAGGGCAAAGCGAGUUUGUGCUGAGUGCCGAGGCCAGCCUGACCAGCAUGACCAACCAGAAGGCGUGGUCCCGACCACCGCUCAAUCUGAGCUUCUCGUUGUUGAUGUUCACGAGUUCGGGGCUACUUGUGCGAUACCUGAAGGUGUUUGAGAAGAGCAACUACAGCAGUGUAAAGUGGGUGCGCUACAUGACGAGAGCGGGUAAUUAUGAAAUAAGCUGCUCCAUCAUGGAGGGCGUUGCUGCGUUCUCUCUGAUAUGCAACGUUAUACAGAUUGUCGAGCUUUCUCGAAAAAUCAUCACGACAGCAAAAGAGAUCCAGUCUUCUCGCAGCGGUGCGAUAGAUGAUCACGAAGAGUUGCAAGUCGCGGCUACAUACCUACAGCGUACUGUUGAUGAUCUGCGGCACAAAUCGACAGACGACGUUCUGCAACAGCUGGCAAGUCGCAGCCAGGCAGCCAUCAGCAGACACAUGGCUCUUUUAGAGUCGCUCCGUGGAAAAGGGCAGAUUGGCUCAUUGCAAGCCACGUUCAUGGCUAUGAAAGCACGAUGGAAACAGCGCCAACUAGAGGAGUCGCAAGCACAUGUUGAUCGCCUUUCCAAGCACCUCACGACUCACAUUAUCUUGACUUGCAUUCCAAGUUUGAAACGAGACAUGGGUCAUCUCGGUGCAGACAUUGAGAAUCAUCAUCAGAGGAUGGACGAAGAUAUCGGAGUAUUGAAGAAGCAACUAGCAAGAGUAGGCACGACGUUGGGUGAGACAUCAAGGACUGGAGAUACGACACAAGAUUCAGUGCGCCAAUUGCAUCAAUGGAUCACCGAGAAAGAAGAGAUACAAAUCCAGAGACAGUGUUUGCAUGCGCUUUACUUUCCACAGCUGCGUAGCCGGGAGGAAGAAGUCAAACCCGCGCACAAAAAGACUUUUGGGUGGAUCUUUGAUGAUCCUAGCGAUGACGCGGAAGCGAUUCAGAAGUCGAAGUUAAAGCGAUGGCUCCAGUCGGAUGAUUCUACCAAGAACCUGUUUUGGAUCUCAGGUAAACCAGGAGCCGGCAAAAGCACGCUGAUGAAGUUCAUCGCUCAUCACCCAUCCUUGAAAGCAGAAUGUCGGCGCUGGGCAGGUUCCAAGUCCCUCAUCAUCGUCGACUAUUACUUCUGGAGACAUGGGUCUCCUAUGCAAAGAUCUCUUAGAGGCCUCUUGCAGUCGCUGCUUUAUCAGGUCUUGGGACAACAGCCACAACUCGUUAGUGAAGUCUUUCCUGACACCGAAUGGAUGACCGGCGGCCCUCAAUUCCAGUUUCCAUACGAUAGCCUCCUCCGUGCUCUCAACCGUCUCAUUACCAUCGCACCUAGACACGAUCUCCGAGUUCUCUUCCUGGUCGACGGUCUUGACGAGUUCGACGAUAGGCCAAGUAUAGAUAGUGCUGGUUUACCUAAUGUGAGAAGCCUGAUGAGUCUUCUUCGUAUUAUUCACUCCAGCGCAUCUGCAAAGAUGUGCGUGGCCAGCCGUCCGCUUAACGAGUUCGAUUCUGAGUUUGGACGAGAGUCAGAUCGGUGCUUUCAGAUCCAUGAAUUGACCAGAGAGGAUAUUGCGACUUUCGUGGACAGCACACUGAAGAAGAACGUAACAUUCUCAUCACUGGCGAACCACGAUGCUGCUUAUGAAAAUCUCGUUGUCGAGAUAAUCCGCGCAGCUGAAGGGGUCUUUCUAUGGGUCUCCCUGGCGUGCGACUCGUUGCUGGACGGACUCACGAACGAGGAUCGAAUACUGGAUUUACGCCGGAGGCUUCAACGCCUUCCGCGUGAACUUGGGGACAUGUAUAUGUACAUACUAUCCACCAUUGAGCCAGAGUACCGCAGGAAUAGUGCUCGGUCGCUGAUCAGCGCUAACGUCGACUCAUUCUUUCUCUGGCAUAUCUAUCUCGACGAGGAGGAGCGUACAAUAAUUCAGAAUCAUCCGGAUGUGAGUACCGAAGCGGGUGCCCAAGAGCUUUUGGUUGUUACGAGAAGAAUGCGUAAGAGAUUCACCGCCAGAACCAAGUGCUUACUUGGAGUCAGCCAUAACUUCCCGAAGGGCUUUCUUCAUCUGUACGUUCCGUGCGUGAGGGAAAUAUUACACCUGUGCUUAGAUCGAGUAGAGCCUACUCACCGAACUGUUGCAGAGUUCCUUCGUCAACCAAAGGUGCUCGAGACAUUGACCAACGAGGCUCUUCCGUUUAGUUCUGAGACACAUCUCGAGGCUCUUCUCUCCGAACUUGCGUUCAUCACACCACUUCUAUCAACACUGUCUACAUUAUCAAAAAUUCAAGAUUUCAGAUGGGAUAGUGAUCAGCCCUGGGUAAUUGCAAAAUCGUAUGACUACCUGGCAACGCGUUGGUCAACCAUAUGGAACUACAUGGAGAGACUGGCCGUAGCAAACUUGGGCUCGUUUCUGGACAGAAUCAACGCAUACUACCAAGAAAGCUCUUCACAUCAAGUCUCGGCAAAGUCUAAAAUCAUCCUGUUUGCUCCAAGUUGCCCACAUGUAACAUAUCUCUCAUCCGCUUCGUGGAAUUGGACCAUCUUCGAUCUGGCUGUUGCAAACCAUGCACCUCGAUCCGUAAGCUAUAUGCUUGAUCGAAAUCCGAGCUUAGCUUUGGAUAACCCGCAGCAACUCCCGCCACUCUUGAUGAUUCUUGACGGCCCUUGCGACAAUCCGAACGCUCAGGCAGUAGCUGAUGUUCUACUUGAAGCAGGCGCAAAUCCGAACUUGUUUUGUUUCGGUACGACACCCUGGAAAUCAUAUCUAAGUCGGUUCAUUGGAAUAACAAGACCUCGUGACGCUACAGGAAUAGUCAAACUUACGAUGGCCUUGAUCGACCAUGGUGCCGACAUCGGCGGAACAUUGGAAUGGAAGGGCUUCUCGUACCUGUACUUCGAUAAGUUCAGGCUGGAUAGGGAUAAAAAAGAGAACGAUAUGUUUACGAAAGAAGUCUUGGAUCUAUCUAUCAGGCUGUCCAUAGUCGCGAUGGUCGGUUACAUCAUCGAUGAGUAUGGCACAUCUGAAGACAAAGAGGCGUGGUUGUCGCGAUGUGAGCUUCCUGUUCUUGUUGAAGACGAGAAUGCUCUAGGCAUAAUCAGACAAGUCUAUAAAGACAAGUCAGAGUUGAACUGGCGAGGGCAGGGUGUUUAG